CGCGGCUACUUGAGACGUCAGUUCGCCCGAAGCCCUCUAACUAGUCAAGUUCUUGCCAUAUUAUGUGCCUUAAUUAGUGAGUGAAAUUACCGCCGCACAAUGGACAGCCACCCGGACUCGCCAGAUUCCCUCCCGGGCGACCAACUCACCGUCGACCUCCUCAGCUCGAGGGCCAAAAGACGCAGGGUCCUUAUCAACGACGUCCGCAGGGGCGCAACCAGCGACAUAACUAACAAAAAUAACAACAACGACGUAGACUUCGUCCUGAUGGACGACGAGCAUCACCACGAGAACGGAGAAGACGAAGAACGGCUCACCGCAAGCGGACAUGGUUCCCUGACGCUGAGCAGCAGUUCUCCGGGAUACAGUGCAAGCGGUUCCAGUGCACACCACAGGGGUUCCGGAGGCCUGCACCACACUACGGCGAUGCAACAUCAACUGCCACAGCCCGACUUCCAGCCCCCGUACUUCCCGCCGCCGUUUCACCAUCCGCCUAGUCCACCCCCGCAACAACACCUGGAUUACCUCACCGACCCCUACGGAGGACUCUCGGGACUUCAUCACUACAACCAGCUGGGGCUUCGACCGCGAGAAGGUGACAGCAAUCAUACGCACGUUAGUCAACUAAGUCACGGCGCGAGUUUCCCAUACAGUUCGACGCCUGGUUCAGGUAGACCGGAUUACUCGGUAGCCUCCCAAAGACCCCACGACGAUCCCCUGUCGCUGCACCAAGCCCUCGGCCAGGCGGUCGAAGAAGCUCAAGGCGGGUUAGAAGAUAACACUGGCUUCAUCACGGACCUGCCUCUGCUUAAAAGUAUAAAAGGGGGCAAAGACCAUGGGGGAGGAAGCAUGGUAUCGCCCAGCGACGUCUUCUGUUCAGUUCCCGGCCGCCUCUCGCUGCUGUCCUCCACUUCUAAGUACAAGGUGACGGUGGGAGAGGUGCAGCGCCGACUGUCCCCCCCGGAAUGCCUGAACGCGUCGCUGCUGGGCGGGGUACUGAGGAGGGCGAAGAGCAAGAACGGAGGCAGGAUCCUCAGGGAGAAGCUGGAGAAGAUCGGCCUCAACUUACCCGCCGGCAGGCGGAAGGCGGCCAACGUCACCCUCCUGACGUCGCUGGUGGAGGGCGAAGCCAUCCACCUCGCCAGAGACUUUGGGUACGUCUGCGAGACGGAGUUCCCCGCGAGACAGGUGGCGGAGUACCUGCUGAGGCAGCACGGCGAGACCCCCAGGAGGAAGGAACUCCUCCAGGCCACUAAGCAGGUCACGAAGGAACUGAUGGACCUCCUGAACCAGGACAGGUCGCCGCUGUGCAACACCAGGCCGCAGAUACUGCUGGACCCGUCGAUACAGAGACAUUUGACUCAUUUCUCGCUGAUCAGUCACGGAUUCGGCAGUCCGGCCAUCGUGGCCGCCCUCACGGCCAUACAGAAUUUCUUGAGUGAGUCGCUAAAACACUUGGACAAAGUAUUCCCCAAUCAGAACACUCAGCAGGGGCAGCCCAUGCUGGUGACGUCGACACUAGACAAAGCCAAAUUAGAUGAUAAAAAGUGACGACUUAAGGAUGUGUUACGUGUUGUGAUUUAAAAAUGGCUCUGAUAUGUUUCCGAGGCAUAUUUAUGUGUGUAAGCCGAUUUGUUUCAUAUUGUUAUUAAGUAUUAUAUUUUGUUUUUUAUUGUAC